CACCACAAGGUGCAGGAAGAAGAAACCCAAUGGUUUUACGUUUAUCAUAUGAACCCCACAACUUCACACUUCACAGAAACCAGGACCAAGGCCCAGGAAGAGGAAACCCAAUACACAGCUUGCAUGGCUGCGCCAGCUGUCGAAAUCGCCGCCGUUUCGGCGCUCCGGUCGGUCAUGCUCCGAGUCCGGCACGCUGCGGAGCGGUCGGGUCGGAAUCCGGGUCAGGUGAGGGUAGUAGCGGUGUCGAAGACUAAGCCCGUUUCUCUCAUCCGCCAAGUAUACGACGCCGGCCACCGUCGUUUUGGCGAGAAUUACGUCCAGGAAAUCCUCGACAAAGCUCCUCAGCUUCCUGAAGACAUAGAAUGGCAUUUUGUUGGGCAUUUGCAGAGCAACAAAGCGAAAUUGCUUCUGGCUGGAGUCCCGAAUCUGGCCUUGGUUGAGGGGGUAGACAAUGAGAAGAUUGCAAACCAUCUUGAUCGAGCAGUGUCAAACCUUGGUAGAAAUCCUUUAAAGGUUUUGGUCCAAGUAAAUACCAGUGGAGAAGUAUCCAAAUCUGGUAUCGAUCCUUCUGGUUGUGUUGAACUUGCGAAACAUGUCAAAUUUCGGUGCCCAAAUCUAGAGUUUUCUGGCUUAAUGACAAUAGGGAUGCCAGACUAUACAUCAACUCCAGAAAACUUCAGGAUGCUAUCAAAGUGUAGAGCUCAGGUCUGCAAGGUGCUUGAUAUGGCAGAGGAGCACUGUGAGCUAUCAAUGGGCAUGUCUGGCGACUUUGAACAAGCGAUUGAAAUGGGCAGCACCAAUGUCAGAAUUGGAUCCACCAUAUUCGGGCCGAGGGAUUAUGCAAAGAAGCAACCAGACUAGAGUCUUCCAACCCCUGCCCUUUUUCUAUGUGUUUAUUGAUCCCGGCAAAGCUUGUAUCCCUCUUUUUCAGUUGUAUAGUGUAACAAUCAUCAACUGUCAUUCUGCUGCUCAUCAUAUGCAGCUCCUGACCUUUAUUGUAAUCAAAUCAUCUACCACAAAAUCUUUCAUAUAUUGAUAUAUUUGUUAUGAAGUC